AUGUUACACAGCCGACUUGUCUGCGCUUGUCGUGCUCGUGUGACACGUUCGUUCCAAAGAAACUUUUCUGGAGAUAGUUCUCACAACUUUGAUGGAUUCAAGAAAUCGAUGACCAGUUCACUUAAAGAGUCACAUGAUACAAAAGAGACUUGGAAAAAGGUUUUUUUCUUUGCUGCGAUUCCAUGCCUUGCACUGACCAUGUAUGGGGCCUACAGAGACCACUCAGAGCACAAGAAACAUGAGCGUCCUGAAUAUGUGGCUUAUCCUUACCUUAAUGUCAGAAACAAGCCGUUUCCAUGGGGAGAUGGGAAUCACACGCUGUUCCACAAUCCAUCUGAACAGUACGUCCCAGGUGUGGGAUUCGAGGCAGAACGGAAACACUAG